AUGGCUCGCAGCAAAGCUCAGCAACGGGUGCUUUAUACCACUCCGAGUCAGUUUAAUAACGCUUUUGAGAUGAAACCACAGCUUUAUGGAAUCAGUUCAAUGACGCUGCCUGCUAACUCUGCGCCUAUCGUACCUGGAAGUGCUUUGAACGAAAUGACCGUGACAGACCCCGGUCUUACUUCUGCGCUGACGGAAAAUAAGUAUGACCUGAUGAGCUCAUCACAUCAAAGAGGUAGCUCAUCAAGCCAAGUGAUCGAUUUGACGCUGGAAGACGAUGAGGAGGAGGAAGAUGAGCCGAUGGGGAAAAACGAGUCAAUAAAUGCCACUGCUGGAAUAGCUACGACUGCUGCUACGAGCUCAGCAGCUUCAGACACAGUUGAUGCUAAUAUGAUAGGUGACGCCUCCAAGAAUGUGGCAGUCGCGCACAUGUUUUCUCAGGCGCCGGAUAUGGUCAAAGAGGCUGAAUCGGACGUCGAUGAGGACUGGCCAGUUGUGUCUUUGUCGCUCUCAUCAUCGAUUCCAAUGCCGGUCUCUAUGCCAGAGCAGCCGAUAUCUACUGCAUAUCAGCCAGUUCCUUUAUCAACGAUGGUCUCAGUGAUGAAAGAGGCAGGUGAUAACCGGACUCAGAACGACUCUAAUGUGGAAAAGAUUGCUAAUCGCACGGACAUCCCUGAUUUUCAAGGUAACCAGAAAAAUUAUGCUGUAGGCAAAGAUACUCAGACGCAAGCGAUCAGACAACAUACAUGUACGAAUCCGCUAGGUGGUAAACAAAGCAAUUGCGGCUCGGAUGCGAAUGGUGUUACUUUGCACCAAACUUGCGAAUCAGGACAGAACACUGCAGACUUGCCGUCUCCCAUGAAUCCAGUAGCUCAAACCGAAGCUUUGGAGGACGGAGAAAUUUAUGAAGAAGGAGGAGCACCAGCGACUGCUAUACCAAUCGUAGUGCGAUCGAAACCAGAUGUACGGUGUAGCGACACAGCGAAAUUGUUUUCCAAGUAUCGUAACAAAAAGCAGAAAAAGCGCGGCAAGAAAAAGGGAAAGCGAAAGCUUGAGGUGAUGCAGAUGAAGCAUCUAAUGUCUAGUGAAAGCCCAUUUAGUGUUGAACGGUCGACACGUCAGCGAGUGUAUUCAGAUGUUCCAUCAGGAAGGCGAUAUAUGCUUGCGAUGACGGUGAACGAUCCAAGAGGCAGUUUUGCAAAUGUGCAUCCUGUAUUUCGUAAUCCUGCCCCUCUUCCUUUUCAGAAUGCCGUUGGCUUAUAUCCUCCUGUUGAGUCCCCACCGCAUCACUUACAUCGCCUACCACACCAAAUACCGUGUGAAAAUAGUCAAAUUUUGCGUGUAAACCGUCUAGGAAGUAUGGAAAUGCUCGGUGGAGAGACCGUACAUCCACCGCAGACGACGUUAUCGGAACAACUGAUGCAAAGAUCGUUUAUAGACCGGUCGGUGUCUAUGUCACCGGUUAGACCCGUUUCAGGUGAACUCACCAUCAACUUUCAGAGGCCCAAGGGCGAUCAAUUACGGGUAUCUUCUAACAGUAGUGGUGCUGGGAGUUCAAAAUCUGUUUCGCCACGAGAGCACCGUGACGAUGACUUUGAUCUUGACAGUCUCCGUGCAGCAGCCCUUCGAAGUAAAAUGAAACGCACUGCGAUGGCAGAUCCAUUGACAUUGGUGACACAAUCAGCUCCAGUAGAGCUAUCUGUUGCUUCCAUGUCAUUUUUACCAAAUUUGAAAGCAACAAAAGAGAAGCAAACAAAUUUGGAACCAGCGAAUUUAAGCAGUGAAAAUGAGCUUCGCCUUGAAAUAUUAAGGUCCAUGACACGAAAACGCGAGCAAGCUGUUAACAAAACUUACGAUGAUGCCCAAAAAUUGAUGCCACCUGCCAUGUCUUCAACAAGAUGCGAGAUGUCCAAGCUGAGACCUGAGUGUGCGAAUCCUUCCGCAAACGUAACUAGUGCUGCUAACAAGAAACCGGAUGUGGAAGCUCAAAUGGAUCAAACCCAAAGUGACUCUAUGAUGCUAAGUGAAGAGACGAACGAUGCAUUCCCUUCUGACCGAAUGGUUAUUGAAAAAUCUAUAAGUUCAGAAAAAAAUGUUGUGGAUGCCAACGCGAAGCCGCCUCUCGUCAAAGCAUUGGGGUCUGUAAAAUCCUUAGCUGACAAAGCUCCAAAAACUCUGAAGUUUCGCCCAUUGACAGCGUGCAAGCAGUCAGUGGUGAUAUGUCUUAGUCCGGAAGACUAUUCGCCACACAACAGCGGAGAUGACACACGCUCCAAUCGGUUGAGCUUACAGGACGCAAUUGAAGAAAUGCGACGAAAGAUUGCAGAGCGCGAGCAGGAACAGGCAAACAGGUUGCUGGUUGACGCUACAAAAAAACCUUCAGGUUCUUCCUUGAGUGAAGUAGAAACAUUGCUUUCAACAUCUCAGCGGUUGUCUCCGGUGACGAAGGUGAGUUCUUUGCUUGCUCCGCUGACCGACAACACGGCAUCCUCAGAGGUAGGUUCUUUAGCUAUCAAAACUGCAAAUGAUCAAUUAGCGGGAGCACAAGCGGAUCCCGAAGUGGAGAAAGUACCAGAUGAGAAUCAUGCACAGACGACCAUUAGUGAAGGAACCUUACCCGUGGAAGCAAGAGCAGGCGAUUGUCAGGAUACUCAAGAACAUAACGAUACUAUUGGGGUCAGUACAUUUGUCAAUAUGCAUGCGCUGCCUCCUCUUAUGCAGAGUGAGCAUGAGCAGGUGAGUCCGUUUGAGGGCACCAGACUAAUUGCAAUGUUUACCAACAAGUUGCAAAGAAAGCAUGCAGUCCAGGUUUCCGUUCUCGAGAAUUUAACCAUCAAUGCAUCAGUUUUCAAGGGUGGCAAGGAUGACAUUGAUUUUGAUGCAAUACGAGCAGAGUAUGAGCGUUGUGUGACCGAAUGCAAUGAGGCGCAAUUGCACAUAUCACGCUUAUCCAACGAAGUGGCUGAACUCGAAAAGCUGCUGCCUCUAGAUGAGUUGCUUUUGCGUAAAUAA